GUUGGUCACAAAUCACAUUGGCUUUGCCCGAAGUUUUUUCUUUCACCUUUCUUUAGCAUGAGACCAUGGGGAAAGUGACCGCUCGUGUCAGUGGGGGAAGUCGGGGUGGUUUGGUGCCCAGGGAACGACUGUAACUUCUACGUGACCAUGGUACCUGUUGAAAACGCAGAGGGCCCCAGUCUGCUGAAACCGCAGGGGCGAGCGGCCGAGACUGAUGGCAGCGACAGAGCCAGCGGCGGCCGGCAUCCUCCCUGGGCGAGAGGUUGUGGUAUGUUUACUCUCCUGUCAUCUGUCACGGCUGCUGUCAGUGGCUUCCUGGUGGGGUAUGAACUUGGGCUCAUCUCUGGGGCUCUUCUGCAAAUAAGAACCUUGUUAGCCUUGACCUGCCACGAGCAGGAGAUGAUUGUGAGCUCCCUCCUCGUUGGGGCCCUACUGGCUUCUCUCAUCGGGGGGGUCCUGAUUGACAGCUAUGGAAGAAGGGCCGCCAUCAUCUUGUCGUCCUGCCUCCUUGGACUUGGGAGCAUGGUCUUGAUCAUCAGUUUAUCUUACACGGCUCUGAUAGCAGGACGCAUUGCUAUCGGGGUUUCCAUUUCACUCUCCUCCAUCGCCACUUGUGUCUACAUCGCAGAAAUCGCUCCCCAACAUAGAAGAGGCCUUCUUGUGUCACUGAAUGAGCUGAUGAUUGUCAUUGGCAUUCUUUUUGCCUACAUUUCAAAUUACGCAUUUGCCAAUGUUCCCCAUGGCUGGAAAUACAUGUUCGGCCUUGUUAUUCCCUUGGGAGUUUUGCAAGCGAUUGCAAUGUACUUUCUUCCUCCAAGUCCUCGGUUUCUGGUGAUGAAGGGACGCGACGAAGCUGCUAGCAAGGUUCUCAGAAAGCUGAGAGCCAUCUCUGAUACAACGGAGGAACUCACGAUGAUAAAAUCUUCCCUGAAAGAUGAAUAUCAGUAUAGUUUUUGGGAUCUGUUUCGUUCAAAGGACAACAUGAGGACCCGAAUCAUGAUAGGCUUAACACUGGUAUUUUUUGUACAGAUCACUGGCCAGCCAAACAUAUUGUUCUACGCAUCCACUGUUUUGAAGUCCGUCGGCUUCCAGAGCAACGAGGCAGCUAACCUGGCCUCCACGGGGGUUGGGGUCGUCAAGGUCAUCAGCACCAUCCCGGCCACCCUUCUUGUAGACCAUGUUGGGAGCAAAACCUUCCUCUGUGUUGGCUCCUCUGUGAUGGCCGCUUCAUUGGUAACCAUGGGCAUCGUGAAUCUCAACAUCCACAUGAACUUCACCAAUAUCUGUAGAAACCAUAGUCCUAUCAACCAGUCCUUGGAUGAGUCUGUGUUUUAUGGACCAGGUAACCUGUCAGCCAGCAAUGACACUCUUAGAGAAUCCUUUAAAGGGAUGACUUCUCACAGCAGAAGCUCACUAAGGCCCACAAGAAAUAACAUGGAUAAGAGAGGAGGAACAACCUUGGCAUCCUUACCAAAUGCUGGACUAAGCCAAACUGAAUACCAGAUCGUCACAGACCCUGUGGACGUUCCAGCUUUUUUGAAAUGGCUGUCCUUAGCCAGCUUGCUUGUUUAUGUUGCUGCAUUUUCAAUUGGUCUAGGACCAAUGCCCUGGCUGGUGCUGAGCGAGAUGUUUCCUGGUGGAAUUCGAGGACGAGCCAUGGCUCUAACUUCCAGCAUGAACUGGGGCGUCAACCUCCUCAUCUCUCUGACGUUUCUGACUGUGACGGAUCUCAUUGGCCUGCCGUGGGUGUGCUUUAUAUACACAAUUAUGAGUCUAGCAUCUCUGGUUUUCGUUGUUGUGUUUAUACCUGAAACAAAGGGAUGCUCUUUGGAACAAAUAUCAAUGAAGCUGGCAAAAGAGAACUAUGUGAAAAACAACAUUUGUUUUAUAUGUCAUCACCAAGAGGAAUUAGUGCCAAAACAGCUUCAAAAAAGAAAACCCCAAGAACAGUUCUUGGAGUCUAAAAAGCUACGGGGUAGGGGACAGCCAAGGCAGCUGUCUCCAGAGACCUAAUGGCCUCAAAAUCUUACAAAUGUUAAUAGAGUAUGAGAACACUUAGGGUGUCUUCCUACCAAUACAUACUGGCCACUCCCAUGUUUUUUUCUUGUGUCAUGGAGCUAGUUUAAAUGGGACACCCUGAAAUUAUACAGACACUUUAAUCUCUACCCCACAAAGGAACCACGAAAGGUAGAUGAGGAACAAGGUCCCAAGUGAUUUCUUUCUUACUCUGAGCAGAAUAUCAGGUUAAAAAAUAAUACCAGCUGGUUCAAUAUUUUCCACCUUCUUCAAAGAGUAGCCUUUGGAAGACUAUGAACUAGUGAUGAGAGCAACUCUUACCUUAAGGUUUGUAUGCAAACAGGCAUGUUGCAGCUUUCUUAUUUAGACACAGUUGUCUGACCAUAAGCUUAUGGUUUUUUGCCUACCAAGACACUACCUGCACUGGGUCUUGUG